AUGUUUUAUUCAGGAAUUUCCCUUGCUACGUAUCGGGAGGCAAUAAAGAAUGAGGCGGGGUUGACGUUUGUGUGCCGUCCGUGUCUGCAGCCAUCCACUACAGUUGAAGAUGAAGAUGCCGACAUGCCGACGCUAGAACGGACGAUGCUAGUGGAAGAGUUAGGCCAGCAUUGCGCCGAGGGAUUUGUUUGUGACUUCGAGAAAGUUGUCUGGCUGGCGGUCAGGGAGGUAUUUCCUGGAAAGGAGAUGAAAGGGUGCGCCUUUCAUUUGUCCCAAGCGGUUUGGCGACAUGUACAGAGCGUGGGCCUAGCUAAGACCUAUCGUCGUAGAGUCGGCGUAUUCAACUUCGUAAGAAUGCUGCUGGCCCUGCAGUUCCUGCCUGCCAGUCAUAUCCGCCGUGCCUUUGAUAAACUGGCAGAGACAGCGACAACUGAAGCCACCCGUGCGCUCACUUCCUACAUCGAGAGGCAAUGGAUGAUGAAUCCCAUCUUUGCGGUGGAGGUUUGGUCUGUCUUCAGACAGACCAUUCGCACCAACAACGAUGUCGAAGGGUGGCACAACCGUCUUAAUCAGAAAGCUGGAGGGAGUGGGCUAGGAUUCUACAGGCUCGUGCCAGUUCUUCGCCGAGAGGCCGAACUCGUGCAGAUGUCUGUAGAGUCGGAGAACUUGGAGCGAAGAGGCAACGUCCGUUGUCUGCGUCAAGACAAUACCAUCAGGACGCUCGCAGACGACUACUUGAAUGGAGACAUGAGGACUUCGGAAUAUCUUGGAAGGAUUGGAGAUGUAUAUCGGCUGCGUAUGUGA